AUGCCCGAACUCGACUCGAUGCUGGCAUUUGUGGCGGGUCAGGGCGACAGCAUGCCGCCUUCUGACGCGCAUAUUCAUAUUUCUGAUACGAUGGAUGCCUCUGGCCAAUUUGUGCUUUUGCAUUAUGCAUUGACGGCGCUGCAACGCGGUGCUUCGGUGGUAUGGCUAUGUGCCAGCGCUAACGGUCUCACACACUUGGCGCAUAUUGCGCGCAAAGCUGGUGUGAACCUUUCUUCUUCACACAAAUUUUCGUAUCUGGAUGCCCAUGCCUACAUGAACGAGCCUUCCUUCCUUCCUGCAUUGCUCUCACAGCUGCGCCGGGCCAUUCCCGAGACGGGCAUCGCGCACGAGAUUGCUCAGACACUUGUUAUCGUUGAUGAUUUGUCUGUCCUUCAAUGGUGUAUUCCUGGGUCUGUGGCAGAAUCCCACUCGCACAUAGUCCAAUGGCUUCGUGCACUGCGUCAAACAUGUGGCCUUCGUUCCGCUGCCCUGGCUACACUCCAACACUCUGAUGCAUGCGCUGUCGUGAGCCCCAAUGGAACUCUAGACCAAGGAGAUGAACGUCUCUUCAGAUACCUUCUUCAAACUGCCGAUCUAUGGGUCGCCAUCAAUGAGUUGCCUAGCGGGCGGGCAGCUGACUGUGAUGGUGAGGUGGCUGUCCACGCGCUGGCACGACCUUCUAUCGCUACCACUUGCAUGGCCGAGGCGCCAUCACCUCUUACCUCGUUUGUGCUCGAUAGGUACAUGCCAUCGUCCGAAAAGUGCCUCUAUCGCAUUCUACCUGAAGGCACGGGUCCUAAGCAAGACAAUGGCACACGUCUCAUCGCACGAGUUUGGUCACGAGGUGGUGGAUUGGUGUGA